AUGAAGCCGUCGGUUGUGAAGCGCCACAGACCAACCCAGCGGCAGAGGAGGGAGAAGCAGCAGUUUGAGCUGCGGGUUCCCUCUGACAGACGAGUGCGCCCGCAGAUGUGCCAGAUGCUUCCGUUAGGUGUGGGUUUCAGAGGUGCCGCCUCAUCAUUGCAUUUCACGUGGGAGACGGAGGCACUGCGUCCGACGCGCGAGGAGGAGAUUAAGUACGCGCGGGCCGUGCAGGAUCUCCUGAGAUUACGGAGAUAUGCCAGCAGAAGAGUGACUGUGGAGGAAUUGAUUGUGGCGGGAUACGGGGGGCUUAUAAAGGGUAUAGAACGAUUCGAUCCUGACCGUGGAUUCCGGCUCUCCACGUACUGUUAUUGGUGGAUCCGACACAGCAUCAUCCAAUCAGCCGUCGAUCAGUCGUCCAUAAUCAAGCUGCCUGCGUACUUGCACAGUCAGCACAUGCUCACCCGCCGUCAACGCGCACAUCCAUCCACGACAGCACCAUCGUCCACGUCACCAACGCUGUCCACGUCAGCACCACUGGUCGAGUCAAAUCAGAAGCGCGGACUCACCCCAGGAUCUGUGCGCUUGCCUCGGUCUUUGGAAGGGGACGCGGGGACAGGGGAGAGUCUUGGGGUGAGUAUUUGA